AUUAUCUCGCACACAACUAAUUACGCGAUACUGCUGCCAAAGCACGUCAAAGUAGUCAUCUUGUAGCAUGUUACAGUUCGUUGGCAAUACAAUGAACAAAACCCCGUCUUAUCAGUCGUCGAGCUAAACAUCUUAGUGGGUGUCGCUAAAACUUACUCCUACUUUAUCAAGAAGGUAGUUUGGACCUAUUGAAAUUAGAAUAUUGCAAUUCUAUGGAAUGAUGUAUGUGUGAUAUUGUCAAAGAAUACCAUGCAGAUAUGUGUGGGCGUGAGAGAUUGACUAGACACGAGGUGUCAUGAUUCAUGAUCUCGAUUUCACAAAAUGAGCUGAAACGAAAGAUGCCUCAUAACAAUUGAAUUCUUCCACCUUAUUCGGGGGAUACAACACGUGACACCGAGUAUAAUCUCUCGUAUCAUACCUCUCGCCAGAUUCGCUUGUGAUAGCAUCUGAAAUGCAUCAUUCACGAUUGUCGACAGGUGCAUGUGAUUCUUCGUGAAUUCCUCUACACUUAAAUCAAGCCAGGACAAAUACCCCUGUGUAAGACAGCUAUAUUAAAAAUUUCAGAGAAGUCAUGUCGUACUCUAUCAAUAGAAGACCUCUAUUAGGGGGUGCAUCUGAUAGCGAAUUUGAAGAUGAUUUGGAAACUGAAAUAGAUGAUCCUAAUAUUGUAAUUCCCGAUGAGAAACCAUUUUUAAAACCACAUGAACCACAUGACAAAUAUAAUCUUGCAUAUAUAGUGUUUUAUUUGCUCGGAAUAAAUACAUUAAUUCCAUGGAGUUUUUUUAUUACUGCUGACGAUUAUUGGAUGUAUAAAUUCAGAGAGAUUCAUAGUAAUCUGACAAAUCUUACUUAUACACAUGCAGAACUAUUGGAACAAAAGACAGAUCUUCAAGCUAGUUUUACUUCUUACUUAAGUGUAGCCAGUGCAUUGCCAAAUACUCUUUUUCUAAUAAUAAAUGCAUUCAUUAGCAAGAGAAUCUCUCUAACUAUAAGAAUGGUGGGUUCACAAUGUACAAUAUUGCUGCUUUUUAUUUUGACGACUACAUUUGUAGAAAUGGAUACUGAUAAGUGGCAAAAUGCGUUCCUAAUUGUUACUUUGACGACAGUUGCCCUUGUAAAUGCUGCAAGCGCUAUUUUUGGAGGCAGUUUAAUGGGUGUAGUGGGAAAGUUUUCACCAAAAUAUAUAACCGCUAUGUCGGGUGGGCAAGCUCUUGGUGGAAUAUUCACAGCCUUAGCUGAAAUAUGCUCCUUGUGGAUAGGAGCCAGUCCAGUACUUUCCGGCUUGGUGUAUUUCAUUAUCGGCGACACCAUGUUAUUGUUAUCCCUGAUUGCAUACAUCGUUUUAGAACGAGCGCCAUUUUUCAAACAUCACAUGAUAGAAAAAGUACCUGAUUGCUUGGAGUCUGAUUAUUCGAUAAGUGGGGAAGUCAGUUUUUCGGCAGAUCGAAGUGUAUCUUAUACACGAAUUAUAAAAAGGAUCUGGCAUUAUGGCGUUAGCAUAUUUCUAGUAUUUUUCAUAUCAUUGGCUGUGUAUCCAGCUGUUACUGUGCUGGUGGAGAGUCAAUACAAAGGCCAUGCAUGGAACGACAUAUAUUUUGUACCUGUGGUUACGUACCUCAUCUUCAGUACGGGUGAUUACGCUGGAAGAGUAUUAUCUGGUAUUUUUCAAUGGGUGAGUAUCUGCAAUUCAAUGCAACUUGCAAAUAUUUGUUUACACGAUGUUGAUCAAGUUUGUUUCUUAUUACAGCCAAGAGGCAAACCAUGGCUCGUGAUGUUCAUGAGCGUCAUUAGAAGUAUUUUUAUACCCGUGCUUAUGUUUUGUAAUGCUCAACCAAGGCAUCAUCUACCCGUUUAUAUUCACAAUGACAUAUAUUAUAUUUUAAUAACCAUCGUGUUUGCUGUAACCAACGGUUACCUCUGUAAUUUAACGUUUAUUCUCGCGCCUACAGUUGUAGACAGUCAGGAAAAGGAAGUUGCAUCUGCAAUGAUGGGUGCUUUCUUAGGUAUAGGAUUAGCAUCUGGAGCUGCGCUUAGCUUAUACAUGGUGAAGGCUCUCUAAUACUCGAUCGCAACUGAAAAUAUAAAUAAAGUACAUCAUCCCACUGCCCUUUGUACAUUCCAAAUCAGAUAGAACCACGACACGAGUUAAUCACCAACUUUUUAAAUAUAAUGACAUUAAUAUAAAUUUAUUUAGAUGAUCUCAAUCGUUAUUAUCUUAAAGUAAUAUGACAUAUAGAAACUUGUUUUCUCACAAGAGACAUUCUGCGAAGAAUGGUUAUAACUUUUUAUGAGUUAAACUUGUUCUAUAUCUCUGUCUAUGUUAUGUAUAUUUUGAUUGCAUGGUACAAGUACUUUUAAAUCAUCCUAUUUAAUAUAUAAAACAAUUGUAGUAAUUGUAGUAAUUGACAAAAUAUGUCGACAAAUUAUUACUACAUAUAAACAAAUAUACAAUAUUAAUAUUGCAGAAAUUCUCCGUAAUUUACAUAAUUUUUU